AUGACUUCAUCUUCUGUAACUGGAACUUCUCGAUAUAUGUUAAGAACCGUUAAUCCAUUUAACCUGGUUUCAGAAGUUGAGUUCCUCAGAUAUGUUUUGAUUCGCUUCAGUGAAGAAAAUGACCUUUCUGACUCACAAGAUGUAACUGGGAGUACAUUGCUGAUAGCUCUAUGGUAUUUAGCUAAAGAAGGAGCUAUGUUCACCACUGGUGAAUUUUUCAACAUGGCAAAAUCUACUGUUAAAAAAGCUAAAUCGGACUGUGUAGAAAUUGCAAAAAUUUUUCGUGAAAAAUCCAAUUUCCCAGGUGUUAUUGGUGCUAUCGAUGGAUGCCAUUUUAUUGUGAAACCACCUGUAGAUCAACAGGAUAGCUAUACAGAUARAAAAUUAAACAAAUCAAUUAUAAUGCAAGGAAUUUGUACAUCCAAUAAAAUAUUCACAAAUAUAAAUGUGGGGUUUCCUGGUAGGCUACAUGAUGCUAGGGUUUUUGUUAACAGCCAAUUGUACAAAAAAGUUGAUGAAGAAGGGCAAGAAGAAUUAUUUUACAGUAAUAAAUUUCAUUUGCUAGGAGAUUCCGCUUACCYUAAUCUUAGCUGGUUGAUUGUUCCSUUUAAAGACUAUGGRAAUUUAAACAGAAGACAGAGACAAUUUAAUUACACACUAAGCAAAGCAAGAGUAUGCAUAGAACAUGCCUUUGGUUUACUUAAAGGGAGGUGGAGGCGUUUGUUAUACAUUAAUACAACAGAUAUGGAAAAAGCCUCAAAAAUUAUACUUGCUUGUUGUGUACUUCAUAAUUUUUGUAUUUUAAAUGAUGACUACCUUGAUGUUGUUAUUGAAAAUAUUCUUAAUUAUUAA